AUGCUGUCCUCGCGGAUUUUGACCCGGCGCCUACCCCAGGUUGCUGCUCGUUUUACCGCUCCCCGCGCCUCGUUUUCACAAGUCCGGAGCCUCUCGGCAGCUGAGAUUGAUGAUCCUUUGCAGAACGGCGGUUAUCAGAACCCCCCUCGUGUGAAGCGUGCUUUCAGAGACCCCUACGGCGACUGGUGGGAUAAGCAGGAGAGAAGGAACUUUGGCGAGCCCGUUCACGAGGAGAAUGAAAUUCUCGGCGUCUUCAGUCCCGAGCAAUAUACCCAUGUCACAGCCCGCAAAGGCCUGUUCCAGCUUGGAGCUUUCAUUGCAACCUUCCUUAGCCUCUGCGGCAUCGUGAGCCUGUACUACCCUGACAAGCCCAGCGUCCCCAAGACUUAUCCCGACGGCUUGGAGAAGGAGCUUGGAGGUGCGAGUGCUGUCCCGGCUCGCAAGGCCAACGAGGACUCUUGGUAG